AUGUCCCUCCUCUGCGGCACACCCGCUAAUCUCGCUUUCCCCGCAAAACUUGCCUUUCGGACAUUUGGCGAUGCAUCAAACCCAGCCAUUUUACUGCCAACGUGCUUCAAUGGCAAGAUCCCAGAGACACUUUCAUUUCUCUACUCCAAUGAAGACAGCUCCGAUGCAGUACUGUCUCCAUCAAAGUACUUCAUUAUCAUAAGCGGUCUCCUCGGUGGCGGUGAAUCAUCCUCACCCAGCAACACACCUGAGCCCUUUCACGGUCCCAACUUGCCUCGCACGACAUAUGAAGACAAUGUUCGCUUCCAACACGCACUAUGCCAAAAACUAGGUGUAAGGAAACUGUUUGCAUACAUCGGAUUCAGUAUGGGCGGACAACAAGCAUACCACAUGAGCACUCUCUUCCCAGAUUUUGUACAGAACAUGAUCUGUCUAGCCGGCAGCGCGCGCACAAGUUGGCACAGUCAAGUUGUUUUACAAACGCUGUCUCAAGCCCUGCUAUCUUCGCCCGAUUUCCGAGAUGGUCAAUAUACCGAACCUCCAAUGCAGGGAUUGAAAGCUAUGGAUAGGAUAUUUGCUACGUGGGCGUUUUCGUCGGCGUGGUAUCGCCAACGUCGUUGGGAGGCAGCUGGGUACGGGAACUUGGAGGAGUAUCUAGAUGAUUGGUGGUCCGGAGAUGGGGAGGCUAAUGAUUUGCUGGCGAUGCUUUGGACUUGGCAGAAUGGAGAUAUUUCAGUAUAUUAUCCCGAGGAUGGAGGAGAUCUUGAGAAAACACUGGGAAGGAUCAAGGCGAGGUGUUUGGUCAUGCCGUCGAGCACGGAUCAGUUUUGUGCAAUCAAAGAUAGUGAAGAGGAGGUGAAGUCCCUCAAGUAUAGAGAGUUUCGGUGUGUGCAGUCGGUUUAUGGUCAUCUGGCGGGCGGCGGGAUGGGGACGAAGGAGGAUACUGAUUUUCUGGUCCAAGAGAUCCGAAGGUUUCUCGCUGCAGGCAAGACUAAUGACGAUUGA